AUCUUGUUAGCCCUGUAGCGCCGGCUUCAAACCUAUACGCACAACGCUGGAUUAUCCACAUUCGACAUGGGCAAACUGAACAUCGCUCAUCAUAAAUCAUACCACCCCUACCGCCGGGAUAACAUCGAACGCGUACGGAAAGAUGAAGAGGAAGCUGCGCAAAAGGAGGCCGAGGCCGAGGGAAGGGUGGUGUUGGCUGAUGCAGAAGCUCGGUUGGACCUCCUCCGAGAGCGUGCAGGACUCGGGAAAGGAAAGGGAAAGAAGAAAGAGGAUGAUAUGAAGGUUAUAGAGGAUGCUAAGGCCUCCAUCAUUGCCGGGGAUUCGAAUCAAGGUCAUAUCAAUCUAUUCGAGGAUCUAGAACAGCAAGAAAUGAUUACUUCAAUACGAGCGACGAAGAAGACUGCACAGCUGGAGACUGAGAAGGGUGUGCCACUGGCUCCCAGUGCUAAGGACCUCAACCCAUGGUACAGCGAGCGCGAUAAGGGAAAGGAACAUGAGGAGGAUGAGAAGAGCAAACGCUUAAGAUUGCGGGAUCUUGCUUCAAAAACUAUGAAUGACCCUCUCACAGCCAUCACACAUCAGCUUGCAUCGAGCUCUUCGUCGAAUAAUUCGUCCCCUGUCCCUCGGCCGUCGUGGCAUCGUUCCAAAUAUCGCACCCCACCUGAUUCAAAUGAUAAGAUGAAACCGCCUCCCCCACCCUCGGAUGCAACGACCAUGCGCCUCACACGUGAAUCAUCAGAACGCGAACGCGCGCUGGCAUUGAUUCGGCGCAAGCAGCGUGAAAUGAGAGGCAGCGAGACGCCGAGCACUGUGCAUGGUGGCCAGGAUGAAGGGUAUGGGGACGUAUUCAACCGGCGGGAAGUCGAAGAAGCGCAUUCAUAUCGACGAAGGCGGUGGUAAGUACAUUCCUUGUUCAUGAGACCUAUAUAUUGCGUUGUAUGCUCUACAUCCCACGGUGGCGCUACUACGGGUUGUUCUACCGAUGAUUUAGGUAUAUGGCUUGUUCCUGGAGAUGCUAACGGGUGACUUGCCCUGUCAUUUGGCCAAUCAGGAAAGACCCAUUUUUUCAAGAAAGAAGUUUGAUGAUUACGGUGAGCUUACUGCGCCGGUAGCGUUAUAAUGUUUAAACAGAUGCUCUCCUCUCGUCACGGAACCUAUCUGUCGACAAAUUCAAAGAUCAAAUUCCAGACACUCUACCUGGUGAUGACCCUGAGUAUAGACGAACGCUAAAAAAAUUGUAAAUUGCUAUU